GGCUUAUGUGGUAUAAAAGCAGAGUUGAGCUGCGAGGCAGAUGGGAGAAAUUUUCACGGUUCUUCCCGGCGGGUGGUGUGCAGAGCCCGAGAAGACUUCGUUUACCAAACCAGCACGCCAAAAAAGCCUUUCCUCAGCCUACCUCGUGGUCCAGAUCAGCCACCUCCAAGCCACAGAGCAGCUCUGCCUUGACGUCGCCACCUGCCAGCUCUACACUGUAACAAAACCAACCGAAAGCCUUCAAAAUGAUGCAGAUCAACAGCGACCCCGCCAGCAACAAGCACUCCCUCAUCAACGUCAUGCACCGCUUCAUAGCAGCUGCCAACAACAUGGACGAGACCAUCAUGGUGCCGAGCCUGCUGCGAGACCUGCCGCUGGAGGAGCAGGCGGCCAGCGAGGUGGAGCCCAACAACAAUAACGAACCGCCGUGUCCCAACAAGCAGAGGGAUAUGUACGAGCACUACCUGCUCCUCAAGUCCAUAAAGAACGACAUGGAGUGGGGUCUGCUGAGGAGGGAGAUGAGCAGCGGCGCCAGCUUCCUGGAGAUGGCGGUGAAGCAGGAGGAGCAGCAGCCGGUCACUGGGGAGCUGCUCGUGGACAACAACUCUGACCUGGAGCAUCAGUUUCAUUAUCACCUCAGGGGACUCUUUGGAGUUCUGUCCAAACUCACGCUGCAAGCCGACCACCUCACUAACAGAUACAAGAGAGAAAUCGGAGGCGGAAACUUCAUGAGAUAAAAGUCACUGUUGUUUAUCGUCGUCUUCGUCCCCCUCCUCGGAUUGCUUGACUUGCACAAUGGGAUGUGUUGAGAAGGGCUCCAUCUCCUCCUAAUUGAUCUCAACGGACAGCGAACUGACCAGGGUAACCACUCCUCGUGACUUCUCUCACUCCCGAGUACCGACACUCCAGUAACCCCCCUCGCCCUUCCCUGAAACCAGUGACACCUGCACAUGUCCCUCUCUCUGUCUGUUUCAGUGCAGAGGUUGAUGCUCUGUGCCUGGUGGAGGUUUAUUGAAUCUAAGCCCAGGUGAAGCACAGGUGUGGUUCAUGCAGAAACUUGUCCCCUUGCCCUCCCCCGCCUUUUUUUUUUUUUUUUUUUUUUUUUUGUUUGAAAGUUUGAACAUGUCACCCGGUUGUGAAUAAAAUAAGGUUUCUGACUGUAGGAGAAGUUGAAUGCUGGUUAUUCUGUCCCUCCUUUUUACAAUUUAGAAAUGAUUUUAAUGCUGAGCUGAAGGGCUCUCACCUGCAGAGGUUUUAAAUCUUUCCGCCUGGCAUUACUGUAACAUGGCGUGCCUUGACUUUUUGUAUACCCUCAUGCCCUGUUCAGUUAUUCCCCCCCCCCCCCCAUUGUGUGACUGCUUUAACGGUUCAUCAAAAUGUUCAUGAUGAAAUGAUUCAUUUCUUUGUCCUUGGAUAUUUCAAAACCCAAUUUUAUAUUGAUGCAGAAAACUGAAAUAAAUAAUUGGAAACAUGA